AUGGAGAUGAAGAGCAUAUUGAUUUUGAGAGUAGCCGUUAAUGCGACUGGUGCGACUCACCUCAGAGGAGAGAUACGAACAGGAGAAAGCUCAGCGAAAGAGGGGGAGAGCAAGUGGAAGCAGGCAAAGGAGCGCGAGAAGCAGGAAUUAGUUAGGAGACGACAAGCAGAAGAGCGCAACCGACAGACCUCGUUCACCGAGCUCCUCCAGCACUGCCAUGAUCUUCUCUCCCGCCGGUUAAGAGUCGAGACGCCGUCUCGCUCAACCACUGGCAAAAUACCCCUUCCCACCGGAAAAUACUGCCCAACACGGUUAGAACAUUGGGCGGACUGCCCAGAGCAGCUGCUCAGGGUCUACAGCCCCUCAGCAGUGAGCAAGAUCGAAGCCUAUGAACGUUUCGGAGUGGAGGAGCACGUUCAUGAUAUCAUCAUCGAGCUAUGCAAACUCCUGGCGGCCCGUGACGAGUUUGGCCUCGGUGAUGGAAUCCAGUUCAGCAACCACACAAACUCCUUGUGCAGGAGCGAACCCUUGGAGACAGAUCCGAACCACCUGUCAAGCAGACUCCACCCACGACCAGACCAGUUUUGUAUUCAUCGUGUCGACCAUAACACGAUUACUAUCCUGACGACUGUCGAGUACAAGCCGCCUCACAAGUUGCCGGUCGCAACUUUACGCAUGGGAUUGCGACCGAUGGAUCUAUGGAAGGAAAUGGUCAGAUCUAAUAAAAUACCGACCGAACCGGAUGCGAAGCUGCGGUACAAUGCAGAGCGACUGGUCUGCUCUGCGAUUGUCCAAGAAUAUCAUGUGAUGAUUCAAGGAGGACUCGAAUAUCCCUAUCUGACCAACGGAAUUUCUCGUGUCCUGCUUCGCGUUCCACGAGAUGACCCCACCACGCUCUAUUACUUCCUUUGUGAUCCACCGAGCGACAUGCAGCACACAGCAAGGGAUCCAUUUCCCCAGCUAUCGAGGACCUCAAUUGCAAGGGCGUUAUGCCAUUGUUUGACGGCAUUCCGUUUUUACCCGCGCGGGCAAGAGUGGAGAAAUUCCGUGCGCCCCCUUCAAAAAUGGGUAACAAACUUUGAAUAUACGCGUUCGCUGAUCCCGAGGAAAGAACUCCAGCAGCUUCCCUACUCCGAUAUCGUAAGUCCUGAGCUUCCGAGUCCGGAUACUAGCUCGUCCUAUGAAUUGCCGUCUUCGUCUACGCUACCAUCUCCCUAA